AUGACGAACGCUGGCGACGUUUUGGAGUUCUGCGGCCGGGUGGUCGUUUUCCUAUUGGAAAUAGUGCUCCGCUAUUCUAUUAAUGGCAUCAGUUUUGCUCAUAAAACAUUCCCUCAGGCUACCACAACCAUUUUAGUGCUUCUUGGGUCAUACUUGGCAUAUAGGUUUAUUAAGCGAGUCAUACGAAUUUGGUUCAAUUUCAUCAUUUCAACAAUAAAAACAAUAUUUACUCUCUUGUUCGUCGGAGUUUUGUUCGCAAUCUACAUCAGAGGCUUUCACCGUUUCUUCACCAAAGAUAUAUACUUCAUUGGAGAUAUGUUCAAGCUGGCAGCUCAAGACAACUUCGACUACAAAAAAACUGGCUACAACUAUGCCUACAAAAUGUUUGAUGGAGGUCAUUAUGAUUUUCUUCGGCGUGGAGCCAAGACCUUGUUUGGGAAGGAAGAUGUAACGGUGGAGGAGUUUAAUAACUUGAAAGAUGAGGCUCUGGAGUUCUUUGCAGAGAACGUUGACGGGGUUAAGGAUUUUUUAAGGAACAAUGGGCUCAACUUUGAAGUGAAUGCCAACCAGAUUAAUGACUUCUUGCACAACAUCAGGUUUUAG